CCUCCUCCUCCACCAGUUUACAGGAAGUCACUGACACCAGUCCGGAGCUGAUCACACUGCACAGGAGAAGCAGACGCACUGAGAAGACGGAGAGCAAGACCCAAGAUGCCGCUGCCUCCUCCAUGUUGUGGUCUCAUCGUUGUUGGUUCCAAACUUCCAGUUCCUCUCAAGGAGAUCUCUGUUGACGUCCAGGUGAAAGGCUUUGUGGCUGAUGUGUCUGCUACGCUCAAGUACAAGAAUGAGGAGGAGAAGGCUGUGGAGGCCAUCUUUGUAUUCCCCAUGGAUGAAGACUCAGCUGUCUACAGCUUUGAGGCCAAAGUAGAGGGAAAGACCAUUGUAGCCUAUCUCCAGGAGAAGAAACAGGCUCAUAAGACCUACGAUGCAGCCAUCAGCCAAGGCCAGCAGGCUUUUCUUCUGGAAAAAGACGAGAGCUCUGCUGAUGUUUUCAGCUGCAAUGUUGGGAACCUGCCACCUGGUCAGGAGGCUGAAGUAACAUUAAAAUAUGUGCGGGAGCUUCCAGUCGAGGCUGACGGUGCCAUCCGAUUUGUGCUUCCUGCUGUCCUCAACCCCAGAUAUACCCCAAAAGACCAACCUGUGAGUGUGACUGCCAUACGCCCACAAGUUCCUAUAGGAGAGAUCCCGUACGCCCUGAGUCUGAGCGCACACUUCCAGUCUGCAUUCGGCAUUGUCAAGAUAGUAUCCAACUGUGAUAUCAGCCCUGUGGAGUACACUAAUGAGGACAAGACCGCAGCCAAGGUAUUGCUGGCUGAGGGACACAAAUUUGAGAGAGACGUGGAGCUCCUUGCUUAUUACUCAGAGGUGAACAAACCGAGUGUGACUGUGGAGGCUGAUGCUGCCAAGGAGCCAAAUGCAGUCAGUGGAUCUUUGAUGACCGACUCUGUCGCCAUGUUGAACUUCUAUCCCAGUUUCCCAGCCGUGCAGGAACAGACAAACUAUGAAGAAUUUAUCUUUGUGGUGGACCAGUCCGGGAGUAUGGAGUGUGCAAUGAAUUCAGAGCGAAAUGCUCCACAACGUAUUGACAGCGCGAAGGAGACCCUUGUCCUUCUAUUGAAGAGUUUGCCUCUUGGGUGUUACUUUAAUAUCUUUGGAUUUGGUUCCCAUUUUGAGUCUUUCUUCACGGAGAGUAAGGAGUAUACACAACAAUCCAUGGAAGAAGCUGUUAAGAAGGUCAAUGAGAUGAAAGCCAACUUUGGAGGAACAGAAAUCUUGAGACCUUUAAAGAAAAUCUAUGAUACUGCUGGGAGGCCAGACCACCCAAGACAGCUUUUUCUCUUCACGGAUGGAGAGGUUGGGAACACAAAAGAAGUGAUUGAUGAAGUCCAGAAAAAUGUUAAUAAUCACAGAUGCUUCGCAUUUGGGAUCGGUGAGGGCGCCUCCACAUCCCUCAUCAAAGGUAUGGCCCGAGCAGGUGGUGGAACAUUUGAGUUCAUCACCGGCAAAGACAGAAUGCAAACCAAGGUUCUUCGGGCUCUAAAAUGUUCCUUACAGCCCACUGUGAAGAAUGUCUCCCUGACUUGGUCUCUUCCCUCUGGCAUGGAAGCCAUUCUCCUGUCUAAGGUCCCCACCUCCAUCUUCCAGGGACAAAGGUCCAUUGUGUAUGCCCAACUGAAAGGAAAGGUGGAGACUGAAGCGGAGGGUGAGGUUUGCCUGCAGUACAACUUUAAGGAUGAGCUUUUGAAGAACACCAUUCGUUUCCCUCUUAAAGUGGAGAAAGCUGAAAGACCCACCAUCCAUAGACUGGCAGCCAAGUCUCUGAUCUCUGAGCUGGAAUGUGGAAAGGACUCUAGAUCCGAGGAUCGGAAGAAGAGGAUCCUGGAGGUCAGUCUAGAGUCUGGAGUCAUCUCCUCGCUUACUGCCUUUGUUGCUGUUAAUAAGGACACCAAGACUCCAGUGGAAGGUCCUCCAGUGCGAAGAGACAUCCCUGCUCCAGGUGUGAGAGCAUCAACGUCACUAAUGGCUAGUGGUAGACCAUUACUUAUGAGCUUUCGUAGUAUGUCUCAGCGAAGAGCGAUAUCCUUGUACUACAAGUGCUUCAAUACUGUAAACCUAGCGCAAAAAGGACAGGACACGAUAAACAUCUGUAAGAUAAGGAUAGACUUCAAUUUGCAGCAGAGUCAGUCUUCUUUACCAUUUUUUGGGCCCAGGUUUAGAGUAGUAACAGGGAACAUGGGACCUCCAUUUUCUUCAUCAGUGGAGGAUGUACUAUGGUCAAUACAGGUUGAGAACCUGAAGUCUAGACCCUUGAGAACAUAUAAGAAUUACAUGUACGUAUCAGAAGUCCUGCCCCCUAUACACAAUACAAUGUAUUACAUCAAGAAUGUCUUGGUAUCGCACGAUCGGCAUGUUUUGAUUCUCGUCCCAUGUCAGGUCAUGAGUGGCUUGACACGGAAUAUGACAGUUGUAGCCCAUGUCCUGGAUACGUCUGUGUGUGGAGGCUUUUGA